AUGGAAGCAACCAAGUUGUUCUCAUCUCCCAUGCUUUCUCGGAGACCCUUUUUACCGCUCCAGCAAACAAAGAACACAAAGGAAGAGAGCCACAGUCCACGCCGGAAAAUUCACGGUGAGCUGGCCGUUGUCAUCAAGGCAAAAAGAGAAGGAUUAAAUGGAGGAGAUUAUUGGGGUCACACUGUGGAUGAGAACAUGAUCGUUUUAAGAAUGCGUAUCAAGGAUAUGAAAUUAUUAGAGGGGAGACAUCAUGAUGAUCAUCAGGAUCCUUGUUCGGAUUGGGAGAAGAAAUAUUACGUGCAUUAUAAUGCAGAUGUUUGUGAGGCAAUGGGGUUGUUGCAGAAUUAG